UCUAGAACUAGGGAUGGUUUGUGAAAAAGAAGGGAUAUGGAUGCAUAUAGACGCUGCAUAUGCCGGAAGUGCGUUCAUCUGUCCAGAAUUCAGGCCAAUGUUAGACGGUGUUCAGUAUGCUGAAUCGUUUAAUUUUAACCCUCAUAAAUGGCUGAACGUGAACUUUGAUUGCUCUGCAAUGUGGGUUAAAAACAGUGAUCUAAUAAGUGAAGCAUUCAACGUCGACCCCCUCUACUUGAAACAUGACAAUCAAGGCAAAAUGCCGGAUUAUAGGCAUUGGCAUAUACCACUCGGAAGGAGGUUUAGAUCAUUGAAAUUAUGGUUUGUUUUGAGAAUGUAUGGACAAAAAGGUCUCCAGGAAUAUAUACGAAAGGACGUUAGGUUAGCGCAUGAGUUUGAGGCUCUUGUAAGAAAUGACGACAGGUUUGAAAUCUUUGGCAAGGUUGUUAUGGGCCUAGUUUGUUUUAGACUUAAGAAAUCAAAUGAAAUAAAUGAAAAGCUACUGAAAGCUAUAAAUGCAGACGGACGUAUACAUAUGGUGCCGUCUAAAGUAAAGGACACAUAUUUUCUACGGUUGGCCGUCUGUGCCUCUAGAACGAAUUCAGAUGACAUGACCUUUGCUUGGAAAGUUAUACUGGAAGUAACAUCAAGUAUUUUAAGUAGCGAAAAGUAGUGCAUAUUAGUGAUAGGAUAAUUUGUUUUAUCUCAGAAGAAUUUAUGGUGAAAUACCAGUCAUAGGCGGCCUUAUCGGAGUAUGAGGCAAGAUGAGCCACGUGACAUGGUAAGGUCCAUAUUUUAUUGUGUCUAUAAGAAUGCAGCAAGAACUGUAUUGAAAGAUGUACUGUGAUUUGUUGUGUCAUGAUGUAAAGUUUAUAAUAAAUAUAAAGAGAGUG